AAAGCAACUUGCCCAAUAGAGUCAUUAGGCUUUUCCUGCUUUUACGGAAAUUACAGAAGCGCAGAGGAGAAGAGGGAGAAGAGAGAAAGGAUUAAAAAAAAAAAAACAGUGAGGGAAAAGAAAUAGAAAGAAGAAGACGAAGGAGCCGAGGAAAUUGAUAGAAAAAUACGCAUAAGGUGAGAAGAAAGAAAAAUUCGUAGAAAAUCCUAACACUGGUUUUGGAUCUAUUCAAAUCUGACAUCUUCAAGACUGUAUCAAACAGUGACUUCACUCAAAGUUGUGCCACAAUAUAGCAUCUUCAAUCCUGUGUCUGAAGCAUAGUGUGUUUCUACAGGCCCAGGAGUUCUCCACUUUUUAAUCAUGUCUCUAAACGUGGAUAUACAUGAAGAUACAGCAGAGCCACUUUCCCCGGAAAAUAGAGAUCUAAGGGAUGAAACUAAUUCAUUUUCAACAAGUAUUGAAAUUCAAGGGCAUAAUGGAUAUAGAGAAUCACCACAACCUAAUGAUGGAAAGCUUGCUAAAUUCUUUUAUAAUAUGGAGUCAAUCGUUUUACGAAAGAACAUUUACGCAGAGUGGCAUUUUCUGGUCCUGAGAUGGAUCGUAAAUAUUUUGACUUCUAACUACUUACACAUGCUGGUGGUGAACGAUGGUAAAAUGUGCCUUCAAUUGAACAAGGAAAUUAGUACUAUGGUCAUUGUUUGUCAAAUGCUAUUUGAUUUUUACUAUAUGGCCUUAGUAAUUAUCAAAUUGUGCAUUGAUUUACGCUCGAAGGCAAGGAAAAGGAAAUAUUUGUGGCUCAUAUUCCUCGUUGACCUUUUAUGCGUUCUUCCAGUCGUACAGGUGCUGCUGCUUUUGCAUUUCAAUGAACAAUGGACAAGAGUGAACUUUAUGUUGGUAUUCGACCUCUUUCUUGUCCAAUAUGCGCUGAGGAUAAUCCGAAUGUUUCCGCUGAGACUUGGAGCAAGAACUGUAGCAAACAACCCAACUGAUUACUUUGGGAUACUGAUUUUGGAAGCGGGAAGUUUUCCUGUAUGUUAUUUGCAGGCUGCCACUCCUAGUAUCUCCAAAUCAAAAGAGGCAACACACAGCAGACACUACUCUGACAUCAGAAGGCAACUAGGGUGACCAAAGCUGAAAGCACAUUUGAGAACACCAGACCACGGCCACAACAGAAAAGCAGCAUCCCAGAUUUAGCAAUUUGAGAGCAGAAUAACAGAACCAUAGGAAUAACAACUAAGGAACAUCACUGGAACUUAAACAGGAAGCCAAGCAAAGACAGCGUGCAC